AUGCCAUUUCGAGUUGAUAUAUGUGCCGAGGAAUUGAAUAAUUCUGUCAAAGCUACUGUUGCUUUACAAGCUGAUAUUAAACCUUUUGUUGACCGAUUGUUCGAAGAAAUGGACGUGGACGCUGUAAUCGCUAGUGAAGGAGCAAAUACAAUAGACAUAGAACGUGCGGUGUUGUUAAACGAAAGUGGUAACUUUAUAUUGGAUUGGGAAUUUGUCAAUGAGAAGACUUACAAUUGGGCAGAUGUUAAUCGUGAUUUACUUAUGAUACCCGGAGUGAUAGAGACUGGACUGUUCGUCAAUAUGGCCACCAAAGCAUAUUUAAGUAUGUCGGAUGGGCAAGUUAGAACACGGGAGCGUGAUGCUUCCAUCUAA